CAGUACCGCAUCUCAAACCCGCUCUCGGAAACGCAGCUGAAGCAGAUCGUCACCUACGUCCGUAGCCAAGCUCAACAGCCUAGUCCAGAGCCAGAGGCGGACGAACGGCGAGCAGAGGGCAACGCACACCAAGAGGACGAAUGGCAGCGAGAUGGCACGGACCCGUGGGCCAGGGACAGAGCCGCAGCCGGCUCAGCGUCCAGCAGGGCCCCCGAGCGAGCUGACCAGGAUCGCUGGUGGCAGGGCCGCUGGAAUUGGAGUGAAGCCCAGAACGACGGCAACUGGAAGUGGGACGACUCCAAGGACGGCCGCUGGAACUGGAAAGAAAAGGGUCGCGACUUCGCGGACCCUGACCCAUGGGCCGGAUGGCCAGAGUACAAGCUAUGGCGACGGAAGAUCAUGAGGUGGCGCCAGAGCACAGACGUCGGUGAGACCAAGCACGCCGAUCGUAUCCUGAAGGCGCUGCCCAUGGACCUCCAGAGAAAGCUAGAGGACAUUCCAGACGAGGUUCUCAUGUCGUGGGAAGGCGCUCAGAAGGUGAUCGACCGUCUGGACCUCCUGAGCGGAGAGCGCGUCGGAGACGAGGAGCGCAAGGCCGCGAGGGAGUGCCUCUUCUCCUUCCAGAGACGGCAAGGCGAGGGUCUGACAGAGUACGCCGCGAGAAUAGACCUGGCCUUCGACCGAGUCGGCACAUUGGGCUUGCCCGUGCCAGAAGACUGGAAGUUCAUGUUCUUGGAAGAGGGCGUGGGACUCGACGAGCGCGGCCAACAGUUGAUGAAGGUUCUCAUGGUCACGAAGGACUCGUAUCUCGACGCUCUCAAGGCCAUCCGAGAGAUGGGCGCGACGAGAAAGCAGCAUCUUGCCCACCAGAGGGCACGAACAUAUCAUACAUAUCGAAGAGCCGCGUCAUCGUGGACAUCACAAUGGACGAACAAUGAGCCCAGCUACUCCGUGGAGGACGACGAGGACGACUCGAUGGUGGACUACGACGAUGUCUCGUCUCUCAACACCGAGGGAGAGACCGAGAUAUACCUGGCCAUCGAGAACUUGAAUUUAUACGACGACGAGCUUCCGGCGGUAUUCGCCAGUUUGCAGGAGGACAGACGGAAAUUGUGGAAGCAGAACAGGGAGCUCAAGCGAAAGAUGAAGGUCGAUCGCAGGUUCUUCGACAGGACGAAGGAGACCGUCAAGGUGUCGACCUCGCGAGAGAAUAGAGGUCAUAGAGGAGCAGAUGGCACUUUCCGUCAGAGAAAGACUAGGCUUCCGCUCUUAGAGCUCAUCAAGAAGACCAGGUGCAGGAAGUGCAACGAGAAGGGCCACUGGGCGCGUGAGUGUCCCAAGCGGAAUGGCCAGAGUCUCAGUGCCAGUGCAGCCGCAGGAGGGGUCCCGAACGUCGCGGGCUUCGUCUUCGCGAACGUACUGGAUCCUGUCGUGUCGGAGACGGAGCAGAUCGAGAGGGACCAGGCCGCGCAGGCGAUGGUGCUGCUCACGGUGGGGGCCGGCGAGGCAGUGGUGGGCACCGCCGCCGGCCAGGGCCUGAUUGGGGCCCAGGCACUCGAGCGGCACUCCCAGAGCUGA